AAAAUUAUAUGAAUACAAUUGAAAAAGAGAAUCAUGUUAGGUCUUAAGGGAAUAAGGAGUUUUAGAAAUAAAUGAAUCUCAAUUUUAUCUAUCCUAAGUAUAAGCCAUUACAAUAAUCAUCGCCAAUUCCUUAAGAGAUUGCAAAAACAAAAUAAUCUCCACUAACUUCUUCAGUUUAAGCUAUUCCAUAAUUAAUACCUUAAUCUUAAAAACAAUAAUAGUCAGGGAUAGUGAAACAAUAGCAAUCACCAAUAAAGUAAUAAUUAUAAGCUCAACAAAACUAGUAACAACAACAACAACAAACUUAAUAACAACCUUAGAAGAGGAUUAGAAUUCUAGAAGUAAAGGACAUGUAUUGAAUUCAAUAAUUCAUAU